CUGUACCUUACUUUACUGCGUGUAUUGUGAUGAAAUAUAUGUGUUGUAUGUUGUGAAAUAAACGGAAAAAAACGGUUCCUAUGGUUAUAAAUUUCUGCAAAUGCUCACAAGAAAACGAGCGAGUGAAGGGACAUAUAUGAGUUAUAAUUUCAACGAAAUGUGACGAAAGUGGAGUAGAUAUAUUACACGUGUAUAAUAAAUAAAUAAUUUAUUCGUGUAAGUACAUUAUAAAGGCAGCAACGACGGAUUUCUUACGUGAGCACGUGCGUUUGCUGAAAACGAUGCCUCUGUUAGGCUCUGCUGAUAGGUACGAGGCACUGUCCUCGUGCAACGAUUCCGUCGUAUACGCAGUGGUUUCCGGCUUCGUAGAAAAGAAACAAAAAUACUGGUUCCCGGAUUAUUUGUAUGUACUCGAGAUUUACUGGACAAGUAAAACUACUACAUACGCCAAGCGGAGCUACAGUGACAUUAUAACUCUCCAGGAACAGCUCUUGGCUUAUUUCAGUGAAAAGUAUGAUGCGGGAUUACUCAAGUCGCCUGUGUAUGUUCCAAGGUUACAAGGGAAGAAAAUGUUCCGACAAAACAGUAUUGACCUUGCGGAACAGCGGGAGGCUGAAAUUCAAAACUUCUUUAGGGAAUUGCUUGGCGGUAACCCUCUGGUUUCAAGUAAUAAAAUCGUAAUAGACUUUUUGAGCCGGAGGCACUCCGACCCAACGCCCAGUACUUCCGGUGGAGAUAAUCACGUCACUUCCGGUGAAGACGAUGACGACGGGGACGACGUGUUGUUUGACCGAUGAUUUGGAUGUUAUUUUUUUCUGUGAUAGUAAAAAACACUGAUAGUACAUGACCAUGUAUGUUAUUGGCUGUGUUAAACAAGGCUUUCGACCUUUUAGGUCACGUUCAAUUACAUUAUGUACUGUGUGUUUUAUUUAAUAAAUUAAUUUACUUUGCAUAAAAUAUGCAUAUGCUUUA